AAAGUCAAAGGAGAAUAGUGGUUCUUUAAUUUAUCGCAAACAGUGAAUGAGCUUUGUAAUUUUUGGUGGGAAUUGUAUACGUUAAAUUCAAAGUUUUUGGCUCUUUUAGUGUUUUCAGUGGAUGAAAAUGAAAGAGGAAGAUCUGAAUUCGAAAAAUCCUGUGUGUAAAGGUCACGAAGUUUUUAUCCAUCGGCAUCAACUUGAGUGGAAAGAUAAAAAUCAUGGUCGUGAAAACCAGUCACGCUGUGUUGCGUUUUUUCAAUGGAUCUCGGUCAAUUUUAGAGAUUAUAUGCUUUUUGGUUAUUUCACGCCUUAUAUGAAACGUGCUGCGUAUCAGGGAGGCUCACAUGUGCAACCAGAAUUUUUACCUCCAUUGAAAAAACGAGAUGAUAUAACCAUGUGGUCAACAAAAUUUAGAAAAGUCGCGUCUACAGAAUUUUAUCGCGACAGUGGUCCUUCGAAAUUCGCUUUAGGUUUCUCAUUAUUCCGUGUUUUUUGGACAUAUUUUAUCGCAAUUUUUUUUUUCAAAUUUUUAAAAAUUCUUCUAGAUAUUUUAGCCUCACGAUCUUUAAAAAGAUUUUUAUCUUAUAAACAGCAAAUUUCUUCUGAAUCUGAGAUUGCAGCGCGAGCCACAGCAUUUUUAUUUGGUCUUUUGGUAGUUCUGGUGCAAUUUGUGAAUGUGUUUUUUUGUUCACAAACGGAAUUUUGGUUUUCGCGAGUGACAAUGCGCAUUCAAGGUUGUUUAGGAAUUACUUUAUUUGAGUCGAUGCUUGUACCACCUGUUAUUAAACAACAAGGUCAUGAGAAGGCCAUAUUGGAAACAGUACGUGAACAGGCUAGCGUGUAUAAUAUAGUGACGGUGGAUGUGCCUUCAAUAUCACGUUCAACGUUACUUCUCAUUGAUAUUCUUUUAUAUCCUCUGGGAAUUUAUUUAUAUUUUCGAGAAAUUGUUUUCAAUGUAGGGGAAUCUGCACAAGCUGGAAUUUACGGGAUUUUAAUUUUAAUGGCAUUUUUAUUUGUUUUGGAAUUUAUUAAUGCUCUUUUGAAAAAACCAUUACUUCAUUGGAGAGAUGUUCGUUUACAUCAACUUCAUACUCUGAUAGUCAAUAUACGAAAUCUUCGUUUAGUAGGAUGGCAUAAUUACGCAGAAUCUCAGGUGAAACAGGCACGCGAAAAAGAAUUAGGUAUUCGAUCUGUCCGAAUGUAUGCUCAUGGUGUCUCAUGGGCUGUAUCGGAUUGUAGCCGUUUUGUUGUUCAAGUCAUAAUUUUUACGGCAUAUAUCCAUUUAACAAAUCGUAAUCAGAAUAGUUUGAUUUUUGAUGCUGCUAUUGUAAUGCCAACAAUGCAACUAAUUAUGCGAUUAAUGAGGCCUUUAUCAAAUACAUCUUUCUUACUUCAUUCUUUAUUAGAGGCAGCCGUGUCUUACUGUCGUUAUCAAUCGCAUGUAUUUGGAUCCAGAAAACGUUAUUUAAAACAACAUGAUUGUGUUGAUUCAGAAGAAAGCCUUUUACUACCUGUAAUUCAACAAUAUGAUGAAGAACCAUCACAACAUCUCUUUGUGUAUCAACCAAAACGGAACGAGAGUCCCAAACGGGAGUUGUUACUCGAAAAAGCUAUCAUGUCGUCCGAUGACUCGAAAGAGUCUCAUCAAUGUAUUACGGUGAUGAAUGCAUUAUUUCUUUAUUCCAACCCAGCAGUGGGAUCUUCAGGUUUCUCUGUGGACAUACCCGAUUUAUCUGUGAAUCGUGGUCAAUGUGUUAUUUUAUUAGGUCAUCCAGGAAGUGGAAAAACAUCUUUUCUUUCUGCACUAUUAGGAGAUUUGUUUCAAGUCAAUGGGUUUUGCAAAGUUCGAAAAACAUAUCAGCCUAUUCUUAAUGAAGAGAACCAAAUUGUGUAUCCAAUUACAUGUGAUGAAAAGAAAAAAUCAUCUGUUAGCCUUGGUUAUGCACCUCAAAUUCCUUGGUUACCAGAAGGCACUGUUCGUGAUGCUAUUGUGUUAGGAAGAUUUUUUAAUAAGGAACGAUAUCAUCGCGUUAUUGAUGUCUGCGAAUUAGCUCAAGAUAUCAACACCUGGCCAGAUGGUGAUCAAAGACUUUUAGCUCAAGAUGGUUUAUCUUUAAGUGCUGGUCAACGUGCUCGUUUAUCUUUAGCUCGAUCUCUUUAUGAUUUUCCUAUUUUAAUUGAUGAACGUCAAAAACAUGAGUAUGUUUAUGCAGAUAAACAUGGAUAUCAAGGCGUUUCAGUAAUGUUUUUAGAUAAUAUUUUCAGUUCAUUAGAUCCUUUAGUUGGCUUUAAAAUUUUCCGAAAUUUAUUACAAAGCAAAAAUUCUUUAUUACAACAUGCAGCUACUGUAUUAACAAUUGAUGAACAAAAUCUUGUGUAUUUUUUACAAAUGUCCCAAAAAUUAAAAGAAGAUUUUAUGAUUGAUAUCCAAUUUAAAAAAAUGCAUAAUGGGACAAUGUUUCCCUUACAAUUAAAAGUUGACAUACCCCGUAAACUGGCUUGUGAAGGCGAAAACAUUGUAAAAGCGUCAACGCCAUCUGAAGAAGAUCGCAUUCAUCUUUCCACUACACAUUCUCUUAAGACAUCGGAAUCUUUUCGAAAACCUCCUUCUCCUCAUGAUGUCGAAUCCCCUCAUGAUGGCCGUAUUGGUUUUAAUGUUUACUGGUAUUACUUGAAAAAAUGUGGAUUUUUCUUAACUUCUGUAGCUGUUUUGAUUGGAAUUCUUUUAGUUUUCUUACGAAUGAGCUCUGAGUUAUGGUUAACACAUUUAUCCAAUAUGUCUGGAGCAAGAGCUGUAAGACAUCAUACAACCACUCUUAUCAACAGACCCAUUGGUAAUCAUUCAGUCCAUUCUUUUCCUACAGAACGAUUUAUUUACUCUCCAGAAAACCAUUUACAGGACGCAUCUUUUAUGCCACCAGCCAAAUCAGAGUUUUCUUUAGUGAAAACUUUUAUAGAGCAAUGGACUCAUAUUCUUGAUUUUUUUGUUAAUACGUGGUCGACGAUCAAAUUUUUUGGAACACAUCUGUUAUCAGUUUUCUUUGAUAAAGAUGCGAAAACAAUGUCAACCCAAUCCUCCACUAUUCAACAACAACUUAGCGUUUUUAUCACAAUCUCAGUUUGCACGAUUAUUUUCGCUUUACUCGGAACCUUUGUGGAAACAUUUGUUGGGAUUGUAGGUGCACGUCAACUGCAUACAAAUCUUUUAUAUGGCAUCGUUCGCGCUCCGUUUUGGAUUUAUGAUUCUAUGCCCAUAGGAAUGAUUGUUAACAGGUUCAAUUCGGAUAUGCAAGCUAUUGAUACAGUUCCAGUACUUCAAUUCAAUCGCCUUAUUAAAUUUUUUGUUCAUUUCUUUCUUGUGGUCGUUUUGUUAUGUUUACUUCGCCCAGCCUGUGUCAUUUUGGUUCCUGUGAUUGCAUUUUAUGUUUAUACAUUUAUUUAUAAAUUAUAUCGUCCUUCAAGUCUUGAGCUUCAGAGAUCUAAUUUGUUAGCGUGGAGUCCAUUAACAAGCAAUUUCAGUGAAGUCGAAACUGGAGCCAAAGUUAUUCGCGCUUUAGGAGCACAAAAUCAUUUCAUUAGGAAAAAUGUUUUCUUAACGAGUGAAUUAUUAAAAGUCGACUUUUUACAAAAUGGUGUUGUUCGUUGGGGAACCACACGAUUCCAACUCUUAGCCUCGACUUUUAGCCUUUUCGAUUCAACGAUCCCUUCAUUAUUCGCUCUUAUUGGCUGGAAUUAUUUUACGUAUGAUUCGGUGGCAACUUUAUUUCAUCUGACCUCCUUGGUUAAAGCCUCCGCUUUUCUAGCUUUAGGAGCCACUUAUGCUAUGGAACUCCCUCAUUGUGUUAACGACAUUGUUUCCACCAUGACGUAUCUAGAUAAAUCUAUGUGUUCAGUACAGCGCGUCAAAGCUAUGACGCAACUUACGAACGAAGUGACCAAACAUGAAUCUAUCAAGGAGUCAGGAACUUGUAUUAAUGAUAUCGCAGAAAUGCCUACCAAAAAAUCCGGUGUUCGUCUUAACAAUAUUUCGGUCUGUUAUCGUUUACGGUGUCAAGAACGAUUCAUGAAACAUUUAUACAAACAUUCUGAUGAUUUAAAAUCACUUGAAAACAAUUUUUCACCGCCCUGUAUUGUUGGGGUAGAUGCUUUCGCGGCACCAGGAGAACAUGUGGGUAUCAUUGGUCGCACAGGAGCAGGAAAGUCAACAUUACUGAUGGCCAUUUUGGGUUUCGCGCCUGUCACUCAAGGAAAUAUAUGCUUGAAUGACAUUACGCUUAACAAAAUUCAUCCUUCCGUUCAAAGAAAAUUAAUCGCUUUUUUACCUCAAAAUCCUACUGUAAUGAAAGACUGGACUGUUCGUCAAUUUUUAGACCCCGAGUCAAAAUAUUCUACGGUGGAAUUGCUGCGUGCGAUUGACAAGGUUAAUAUCACCCGCUUAAUCAAUUCCCUUCCUAACGGUCUUGAUACCGUCAUCAUGAAAGACAAGUUACAUUUUCCGAAGAAAGAAAAGAAAACACCGGAUAGUGAUGAACCUAUUCAUAUAUCUGUAAAUUCCCACGGCAAUCAGCCUUCUGCAUCCACGCGUUGGUUAUCAGAUACUCAGUUGCGAAUAUUAUAUGUGGCACGUUUGACUUUAAUCGCUGUUGCGUGUCACGUGGUUUUGAUCGAUGAACCUCCAGUUCAACAAUUGCAGGAUGCUCAUGAAACCAAAGACGCAACCGAACCACUUGAGCAAGAUAUUGAAAUCAGCCCUCUUUUACGCGAAUUGUUUCCCAAAGCGACUGUUAUCAUUGCAGCCCAUUAUGCUUCAACUAUCAAACAUUGUGAUACCGUUUGGGUUCUUUCUAAAGGAAAAAUUCGAAACCGUACUAUAGGAAAACACCUGGAUACUCAAGAACGUAUUUCAGAAAUAAUUAAAGAGGCGGAAGAACAAUAUGACUAAUGUUUUUUUUUUUCACGCGAUUUAAAAAAAGUCAAUGUGGCUAAGUAGAAGGUGCAAGAACCGGAAAAAAAGGUGCAGUUACCGGGAGUUGAAAGUGCGUCAUUAAUAAAAUAUAUACCCAAUUCUUUUUUUUUUAAAAAAAAAAAAGUGCAAUACAAAGUCACACACAAUCGUUUAUUUACGUGACUUUAUUCUAUGUAAAACUUGUCUUCUAAUAUACGUUCUUUUUUUUUUUGGAAUGUGUAUGCAUGCCGUUAACACGGCAUUUUUUUUUGAGUCGUUUUAACAGAUUGAAAUUUAAAAAAAAAUUUGUUUCGCACGAGUA